UCAAAAAAUAAAAUAACUUUAUGUGAAGCAUACAGCAGCUGAUAAGUACUGGAAGGAUUAUGCAAUUUACAAAUCUGUUUAACUUUCUGGCACCAGUUGAUUUUAGUAAACAUUUUUUCCCACCGGAGUACCCCUUUAAGUGUCCCUGAGUUGUAUUUUCAGUUUUCUGAUAGAUCUGAAAAAAAGUACAGUAAAAGACCUACGGUAUCUGUAUCAGUGUGAGGCACAGACAACAAUGUCUCUGAAAGGGCAGUUAAACUCCUGUAGUGAAACUUCCUCAUGUCUAUAGAUGAUAGAAGUUAAUUUGACCAACUGCCUCUGGCUGGUAACUUUAAAAAGUUACAGUACAACCAGUUUUAACUAGAGACCCCACAAAGAUCCAAAACCGGAAGCUUCAUUUGCAAUACUCUAAAGGACGUUGAAAUAUCCUGUAGAGAAAUCUCAUCUAGACACUAAGGAGAAGUAGUGUCUGCCGUCUUCUUACCAGUGUGAUCAAACAGAAAUCUGGAUACAAAUACUUCUACAUGAUGACGGAAAAUUACACAUUGACAGAACUGUCGACCGCUCUCAAUGUUGCCAUAACAAAUUCCACUUCAGCUUCAUCAUCUGCCAGUCUUGGCAUUGCCAUUCUCUCAAUUGCUUUCAUCAUUGGAUUCCCAGGAAAUGUAUUUGUCAUUUGGACAAUCUUUACACGAAUGAAGAAACGCACUGUGACCUGCAUCCUUAUUUCAAAUCUGGCCAUAGCAGACAUCAUUCUCAUCCUCACAAUACCAUUUUUCCUCCAUUUACUUUCCACCGGUAGCUGGAGAUUUGGAGUCAUUAUAUUCAAGAUGUGCCAUUACGUUAGCUGUUUAAGUAUGUACGCCAGCAUAUUCCUGAUCACCUUCAUGAGCAUGGACCGCUUUCUAGCUGUGGCUAAACCCCACAUGUCUCACAAAGUCAGGACAAAGCUGGCUGCCCACAUUAUAGUUCUCGCCGUAUGGGUUCUAGCAUCGUUGCUUGCAAUUCCUACACCAAUUUACCGUACAGUAACAAAAAGUGGCAUGAUACAACGAUGUACUAAUGAAGUGCCAGUAAAUGGUUUUCAACACAUAGUCUUUCAGUAUAUGCUUGAAACUCUGAUGGGAUUUGUUAUACCUUUCACAAUCAUAGUGUCCUGCUACGUCUACAUUGGACUGAGAUUGCGCACCGUAAAAUUCCAGACCAAACAUAAGACAAGCCGGCUAGUCAUCUUGAUCAUUGUAACCUUUGCCCUUUUCUGGAUCCCAUAUCAUGUGGUGAAUUUAAUUCACAUUUCUGGGGAACUAUCAUCAUCAAAAAAACUUAUACAAGCUGCUUACCUUGCCAAACCUAAUGCUACAGCCUUCGUAUUUCUUAGUAGUAGCAUUAAUCCUAUUUUAUAUGUUUUUGCCGGUGGCAGCUUCAUUAGAACUGCUGGGGUGGGAUUCAUGGCCAAACUCUUUGAAGCAACUGGUUCGGAGGCAGGCAGUUUAAGAAAAGUUUCCCAAGUAUUCCAGCAGAGGAGUCGAAAACAGUCAUCGGAGCAAGGGAAAUUACAGCAACCAACAGAAACUGAACAUUAAUAUUCCUAAAAACAGGAUUUAAAAGAGACAUACAUGCAUGAUCACAAAGGCUGUUUUUACACAACAGUAUUUGGCUCAGUAUUUUGCGUCAAUAUUUGUAAGCCAAAAUUAGGAGUGGGUCCAAAAUAUAAAAUACGUCCUAAUCUUUCCAUUAUGUUUUUGUCACUUCUGAUUUUGGCUUAGAAAUAUUGGUAUAAAAUACUAAGCCAAAUACUGCUGUUAGAAUACAGCAAAAACAGGGGUAGUACUAAUUAAGGAAUUGUAUCAAAACAAGUAUUACUGUACAUAAAAAGAAACUGCAAGUCACAGUAUGUUCCUCUUUACUGUAAAAUUGCUACUUUAACAUGACUUGUACAAAAUGUUUAUUGUCGUCGUAAAGAAAGAGUUCCCCCAGAAUAUAUGUAUGCUAUGUAGAAGGGGCUCUCAUUGUGACAGACUCCAGAUAACCCUGCCUGCAGGGGAAGGCUUAGGAAGAGUGGGCACCUUGGAUUUGAGGGGUUGUCUCAAAAAUCUAAUCGGGUCUAAACGGAUGCAUUAUGUGAAUUAAAAUUAUUUGAGAUAGAUAUUGUAUACGUAGGAAUCCCCCUUGUGCCUGCUUUGUUUUGAUAACCUAAUGCCCUUAGUUAUGAACCACUAAGGUAGGUGAGGCAUGCUCGGUUCAACGGCAGU